AUGUGCAAGGCCAUGAGCAAAGCAGCGAGCUGGGAGAUGGACGGACUGCGCGGCGACAGCAGCGGCGGCGGCGGCGGCGGCGGCGGCGGCGGCGGCGGCGGCGGAGCCCCCGGGCAGUGCCGUAAUUUUCUCUCCUCGCCCGUUUUCGGGGCGGCGCACACGGGCCGAGCGGCCGCCGCCGCCGCCGCUGCCGCCGCCGCCUCGGGUUUUGCCUACGCCGGCGGAGGGGAGCGCUCGGGGGCGGCGGCGAGGCCUGACCCCCCGACCAAGGACUGCCCGGGCUCUACCACGCCGGCCGCCGCCCCCGCGCUGGGCUAUGGGUAUCACUUUGGCAAUGGAUACUAUAGCUGCAGGAUGUCCCACGGGGUUGGGAUACAGCAAAACGCCCUGAAGUCUCCCCCCCAUGCCUCCAUUGGCGGCUUUCCCGUGGAAAAGUACAUGGACGUCUCCAGCUUGACCAGCACGAGUGUCCCCGCCAAUGAAGUCUCCUCCAGGGCAAAGGAAGUGUCCUUCUACCAGGGCUAUACAACCCCUUACCAGCACGUUCCUGGGUACAUAGACAUGGUCUCAACGUUUGGCUCUGGGGAACCGAGACACGAAACAUACAUAUCAAUGGAGGGCUAUCAGUCUUGGACUCUGGCUAAUGGCUGGAAUAGUCAGGUUUACUGUGCCAAAGAUCAGACACAGAGCUCACACUUCUGGAAAUCGUCCUUUCCAGGGGACGUUGCACUAAACCAGCCCGAUAUGUGUGUCUACCGGCGUGGGAGAAAGAAGCGAGUGCCGUAUACAAAACUGCAGCUUAAAGAACUCGAGAAUGAAUAUGCCAUUAACAAGUUCAUUAACAAGGACAAGAGGCGAAGGAUAUCCGCAGCCACGAACCUGUCUGAGAGACAAGUUACCAUUUGGUUUCAGAACAGGAGGGUGAAGGAUAAGAAAAUAGUCUCCAAACUGAAAGACAAUGUAUCCUGA